CCUCUCAGUUCCGCGUCGAUUGUUUUAAAUAAACAUUUUAGCAAUACAUUGGAACGUCUCGCAAGGAAAACAUUGCAAAUUAAUUUAUUAUACAGAAUAUUUAGAAAUAAUGUUUACAAAGUUAUUAUGUGUUUUAGUGAUUUUGAGUGGAUGUGCUGGUGACUUGAGUGAGUUGAGUGAAGAUGAGUAUUUUGAUGCUGUGAUGGACAUGCUGCUGAACGGUGUUGAUAGAGAUUUCGGGGAUUCUGAAGAAGUUGGUGAUGAUGAUGAACCAAUCCUAAAUGGCGGUGUCUGGAAAUGUGGAAGAUGCGAUGCAAUCAAUGAGUCCAGGCUGAUCUACUCUGAGGUGAACGAAGUCGACAACGAAAUGAUGACUGACCAGUCAGUCGAUAUACAGAUAGGCAUAUCUCUACCAGACAUGAAGUGCCUGAUAGUAAACUCCGACGUGCGCGGCGUCGUGCGUCGCGUUGCUGGCGCAUGCGCGGGAGACUCCGUCACGCUCAGCGUGGCGCCCGCGCAGCGGUUUACUGUACAAGUUUAUAAUUAGAAUGUCUAUUUUAAAAUGUUAAGGUUUGCUUUUUGUGUUAAUAAAUGUAUAUAGUACUAGCUUUUGCCCGCGACUUCGUUCGCGU